UAAUUACUUAAGGUCCGUUUUAGACUGACUGUAGACUCUACUGUACAGCAGAGAACCAGUCUCAAGAUGGAUGCGCCCACAAAGCUUGAGUUUGAUGUUGAGAUGACAUGUGAAGGGUGUGCAAAGUCAAUCAAGAAGGCAUUUGAAGGUGUUACAGGGAUUGACAAAGUGAAUGUAGAUCUUCAGAAAGGUCAAGUACUGGUUGAAGGUCGCCUUGGGACAGAUCAGGUGAAAAACAUGAUUGAAGGAACAGGGAGGAGGGCUGUACUAAAGGGAAUGGGAGGGAUACAAACUGAAGCACAUCUUGGUGCAGGUGUCUCGAUCUUGGAGGCAGGUAGCAAAAUGGUGAAAGGGUUGAUCAGGUUUGUGCAGGUAGACAAAGAUAAGAUGGUUAUAGAUGGUACGAUAGAUGGUCUAACUCCUGGGAAACACGCUUUGUGUAUGCAUGAAUGUGGUGACAUUUCUGAUGGCUGUGACAGUUGUGGAGAUAUUUUUGGUUUGACAGAGUCUGAUAAUGAGUUUGCAGCAGGUGAUUUUGGAGAUAUAGAGGCGGGGCCAGAUGGAAGGGCGGAGUUCAGAUUUGUAAAUGACAGGUUAAAGAUUUGGGAGAUGAUUGGACGAUCAAUGAUGAUACAUAAUUGUCCCAGUACAGUUGCUCACCUCAGAAACCAAGAGAAAGAUGAAAGGGUUGCAUGUGGAAUUAUUGCGCGUUCAGCAGGAUUGUUCCAGAACUCAAAAAAGUUUUGUGCCUGUGAUGGGGUACCGCAAUGGGAUGAACGGGACAAGCCAGUGGCUGGGCCUGGGAGACAAUCUAAUUUAUGACCAAUCUAACUUACGGCCAGAAGAAGUCAUAAAAUUAAUUCCACUUAAUUGUGAUAUAAACUGAAGUAAUUUAAAAUACAAUUUCUUAUUAAGUAUUAUUUAACUGUUAUGAUAGUUUUAAUUAUGUUGUAUUUAUCAAGAGACAAACACGCGUAAAUUUUCAGGUUGUUGUGCAAGGGAAGUAACUGUAAAUUGUUUAUACAUGUAGUACCUAAAUGUAUUAGUGACAAUUUUGUUUCUUAUUAAAAUUUUUAUACCCCCGCACAACAAAGU